AUUUUAAUUUUGUUUUGACUUAUUCAUAUCUAGUAAUGUCAAUUUGAUUCGAAUUAAACACAUUAAAUAUAUUUUUCGAUUUUUUUUUUAUGAAAAAAAAAAGAGAGAGAAAUAUACAAAUAUAAAAUAUAUUCCUAACUGUAUAUCUUCGUCUCCUUUCUUAUAUUUUCAAGAGACAAGAGAAAACACAGAGAGCCGCGCGAUCCGUACAACAAUGGUGAACAUUAUCACAAUAUACAAACCAUUGCUGCAUGGUUUUAUGAAGCUAGCCGCGGGAGUGAGACCUCAGACAGUGGAAAUAGAGCCAGGGACGGUGAUGAACUUCUGGGUCCCCACUGAAAAAGCAAAAUUACAAAACAAGCCCAAGCAAGCGGUGGUUUUUCUUCAUGGUUUUGCUAUGGAUGGAAUUAUGACAUGGCAAUUCCAAGUACCAGCUUUGGCAAGUAAGUACAAAGUUUAUGUGGCCGAUCUUAUAUUCUUCGGUGGCUCAAUCACCGACAAAGCCGAUCGGACGGCGGACUUUCAGGCCCGGUGCGUAGCAAAAGGUUUGAUGAAGCUUGGAAUAGAGAAAUGCACCUUGGUAGGUUUGAGCUAUGGAGGUAUAGUGGGGUUUAAAAUGGCCGAGUUGUAUCCGAGUUUGGUGGAUUCCAUGGUUGUGACUUGCUCUCCCAUUGCGUUGACCCAGUCAAUCAGUAGUGAAUCGCUGAAAAGGAUUGGCUUUUCACGGUGGCCUGAUUAUUUACUUCCUGAUACUGUCAAGGGUGUGCGAAAUCUCUUUGAUAUUGCUACGUACAAGCUCCCUUAUGUUCCCAAUUGGAUUUACAAAGAUAUUUUGGAGGUAAUGUUUGACAAUCGGAAAGAGAAAGAAGAACUCUUGGACGCUUUGGUCAUCAAUGACGUAGACUUCAUGAUUCCCCAUUACCCUCAGAGGAUUAGUCUUUUAUGGGGAGAAAAUGACAAUAUCUUUGACAUGGAAACUGCCUUGAACUUGAAGAAGCAAAUUGGAGACAAAGCAACGCUGGAGUGCAUAGAGAAGGCUGGUCAUAUUGCUGAAGUGGAACGUCCCAUCGUUUAUAACAGGAAACUCAAGCAAAUUCUUGCCUCUUUGAUACAAGAAGAUUGAUUAAUUAAACAUCUUAUCCAUUACUGGAACUUGUCAUUUUCUAAUUAUUUAAUGUAUUUUGAGGAAAAUAUUGGCGUCUUGCGUAUUUAAAAUGUGAAUUAGAUUUUGAUGAUUUGGAACCUAAUGUGAGUUCACAAGCUUAAUUAAUUUCAUUUAUUUUAGAUA